AUGAGUGUGAUUCCUGGGAAUAAAACAGGAGCUGUAGUAAUAACUUGUAUUCUUCCAUUUCACACAGAUGCUAGCAGCCAGAAUUUGCUUUCUUGUGAAAUCUGUGGAAGACAUUUUACACAGGAUGCACUGGCACGACAUGAACCAAUAUGCAGAAAAGUCUUCAACAAAAAGCGCAAGCCAUUUAAUUCCUUGAAACAGCGACUGCAGGGAACUGACAUUCCAACAGUAAAGAGGAAGCCACCCCCGAAGAGCCAACCAGAGAGAAAAUCUAAUUGGAGACAACAACAUGAGGACUUCAUUAAUACAAUCCGAUCAGCCAAACUUGCCACUAUAGCUAUGAAAGAAGGCCGCCCUCUGCCUCCGCCACCGCCUCCAACCAUUAAUCCAGAUUAUAUUCAGUGUCCUUACUGCAUGAGAAGGUUUAAUGAGGCUGCAGCAGAAAGGCACAUCAAUUUCUGCAAAGAACAAGCAGCCAGGCGUGCAUUUGCUCCAGGUCAGAAAGGAUCCAAAGCACCCCCUGGCAAACAAGCAACUCCCAAAAAAGAACCAACCCUAACAAGUGCUGUGGGAACACUGCUUCAGAACAAGACACAGGAAGGCACUGAUCCAAGCCAAGUAGUAAUAGGGCGUGCUGCAGAAACCUCUGGUGGAACGCUGCAGAAAAAAGCACCUGGAAUUCCCUCUGGGAAGGAGCCUGGGUAAGAAACAAAGUAACUACAUCCCUGGGUUUGUACAUGAGUGAUCCAAUCUUAAUUCUCUUAAAAGCUAUGAGAAACAGUUGAGAAACAGACCAGUCAAGGAAAAAUGACAAUUCCAAAGAACUUUUUAUAUAGAAUAAAUAAGCUUGUAAAAUGUGGAAAUACAAAACUUACUGCAAGUGCCAGAUACCUUAAUGUAAACAUGACAUUUUGCUAUUUGUAUCCAUUUAUGUAACUCAUUUCUUCAGCAUAUGGCCUACAAUAUCCAUUUUAGUAAACAAAAUCAUAUAAAAUAACCAUGUAUUGCUAUACCAGCAUCUGUAUCAGGGGUAUAAAAAUAGAUCAGUUUCUCAAGGUUUUCUAGCUGAACUAUUUCAAAGUGGUCUUGAUCUGUACCUUGAAACAGUCUUAACAGAGUCCACCUUCAGAGAAAAGAGAAACUUAUACCAUUGUAUAUGAUCUGCUUUAUUUCACAGCCCUCCUAAAUUAAUGUUUUACUGCUUUUAGGGUUCCAGUACAGGGCAAAAAAUAAGGGUGGCAUGUUGCCCCUUGCCUCUGAAUAAGAGCACUUACUUUUUACAGCCCAGGAGUCCAGCAAACUAGUUCACCGAUAAACAUGUAUCCUGUGUCUCAUGAAACCUGUAUGACUUUACGAACUAUGCAAUAAUAAAAGAAACAUGAUCAAA